UUCUGCUGUUUAGUGAUUCAUUUUCGUUUUAUUUCUUUAUUUAGAAAACUAACUAUAAAUGAGUUAUAUUAAGUUAAUUUACUAAUAACUAAAAUAUCGCUGCAUUACAGCGGCCUGUUAAUAGCAUAGUUUAAGUAUAGUGUACGUGGAGCAUCGCACAAGAAGUAGGAUGACUCUCGCGGAGUUUUUCAGUUGUUCUCUGCUGGCGUUUGGGGCUCCGCUGAUGAUGUUCGCGUUGACGGUGGCCAACGACCCCGUGCGUAUCAUCAUCAUGAUAGCGGCGGCAUUUGGCUGGUUGUUAUCAUUUCUACUGUCCUCCCUAGUAUGGUACGCCGUAGUGCCUUUACGCUCGUACUUAGCGUUUGGAAUGGUGUUUGCAAUUAUAUUUCAGGAAUUAUUCCGUUAUGGAAUGUACUUGCUUCUAAGGAAGACUGAAGCAGGUCUGAAGGAGAUAUCAGAGAAUCAUGACAUUGGCUCCAACAAGAUGGAGAUGGCUUAUGUCUCAGGACUUGGGUUCGGAAUCAUGAGUGGAGCGUUUGCCCUUGUUAAUGUUUUGGCAGAUUCUGUUGGUCCAGGCACCCUAGGGCUCCACAAUGGCACAGAAUACUUCUUUGUGACAAGUGCAGCCAUGACACUCUGCAUGAUCCUGCUCAACACUUUCUGGAGUGUAAUAUUUUUCAACGGAUUUGACGAAAAGAACUAUCCAAAAAUAAUUUACGUUAUUGCUUCACAUUUCUUUGUUUCCGGUCUCAGCUUACUUAAUGUCAAAGAGUUGUAUGCCGCUACAAUCUUACCUUCGUACAUAGUAUUGGUUGUAACUGGCGUGAUUGCGUUCAAAUGUGCUGGAGGCUCAAGUAAGAGUUUAAUUCAGAGCUUUCAAACAAGGACAUAAGGAUGACAAUCUAUUUAUUCAAAUUAGGCAUAAUUAAAGUCUGAAGUUUAGUUCUUAGACAACAGUUGUUACUAUUUGAAAGAUGCUCAUAGGGAUUUUGUUAGGUUGAAUUGCCAAUACCAAGAAUUUGAAAAAAAAUAGCUUUAUUUUUGUAUGUAUUAUUUAUUACUAUUAGAUAAUCUUAAGUCACUACAUUCCCUUAAGUUACUAUGCUUACCUAAAACGGACGGAUUAUAAUUUUCUUGACAAUUAAUUCUUACUUGUAUUGUACUCACACAAUAAUGUUAGCUCAUUUAUAAUGUAAAGCAAAACUUUUUUACAAAAUAAAAUUAUUCAUUAAACAUACUAAGG